UCAGGGUGUUUUGGUGACCUAUCUGAAGCCGCACCCCGGGGACAGUGAAUGGCAGAGUCAUCUACGCUUGUUAAAUUCGACCAGACCUUUGGACCUUCACACCUACGGAGAUCACUCGCAAGUGAACAUGCUCCGAAUACAGCACAGGCGCGCAUCACAAGAGUUGGAAUUCCUGUGCGAUGGUACAGCAGUCUACGGACAAUGGGAUGCACGGUCGAGGGAGUCGGAUUUCGGCCGCGCCACUUCCCUCCUGGCUCACAAUGGCCGCAUGCUUGAUCUGACCAUGGGUGAACGUCUGGGAUUCGGAUUAGACCAUAUGGACAAGCGAAUUUACCGCAACGCCUUGCAACGAGUGGACACCAGCAUCACAGUGGAAUACGACGGAUGUCAGUACCUUACCAAAGGAGCCGCAACCAAGAUUCGGGUGGAGAGCAGUGACCUUGACGUGCUGCCUAUCAUCGAUUUCAAGGUUCGCAGUUUUGACCGCCAGGGUCUGAGUUCGAUCAGCCUAAAUGUUGGCGCUGUGUGCUAUCAGACGUAGGCUGCAAUCCGUCAAUCUUCCAAGCUGUUCCGGUGAAGCGCAUGUCCAAACACUCCCGCAAAAACCUUUGGGGAUACUGUCCACACAGAUCAACUCGAAAUUGUGGACCUCUUUAUGAGACCAUCCCAAGUGCUGGUGUCGUGUAAAAUCAUACGCUAGCUGUAUUUCAAUGGAUCAUAUCCUACUGCACUACACGCAGAUGCCUUGUUGAUAUAAAGCAAUAUCAUAUA